AUGAUGCGCCUCUCUUCAAUGCUUGUUCGCAACACCAAGUUGUGUGUGAAUGUGAACCAAAUGCAAGUUGCCGCUUUUUCGAGCAAAGCUCCAGAAAUGAUCAAAGUUGAGAAGGUUGGAGAGAAGCAGAAUGUCGCUCUCAUCAAGCUGAAUCGCCCAAAGGCCCUUAAUGCUUUGUGCGCUCAGCUCAUGACUGAAUUGGCCAAUGCUCUUCAUACUCUUGAUACUGAUAAAUCCGUCGGUGCCAUUGUCAUUACUGGAAGCGAGAGAGCUUUCGCCGCUGGAGCUGAUAUUAAGGAAAUGACCAACAAUGAGUUUGCUUCUACGUUCUCUGGAAGCUUCCUUUCUAACUGGACUGCGGUCAGUGAUGUAAAAAAACCAGUCAUUGCUGCUGUCAAUGGAUUCGCAUUAGGAGGUGGAAACGAGUUGGCUAUGAUGUGUGAUAUCAUUUACGCCGGAGAGAAAGCUCGUUUUGGACAACCUGAAAUCAACAUUGGAACUAUUCCAGGAGCUGGAGGUACUCAACGUUGGGCUCGUGCUGCUGGAAAAUCGUUUGCCAUGGAAGUUUGCCUCACUGGAAACCACGUGUCUGCUCAGGAAGCUAAGGAACAUGGAAUUGUUAGCAAGAUCUACCCAGCUGAUCAAGUUGUCGGAGAGGCUGUGAAACUCGGUGAAAAAAUUGCCGAGCAAUCUCCAUUGAUUGUACAAAUGGCCAAAGAAGCUGUUAACAAAGCUUAUGAAUUGACUCUUCAAGAAGGACUUCAUUUCGAAAGACGUCUUUUCCACACUACAUUCGCGACGAAAGAUAGAAAGGUGAUUUAUUCAUUACCGGUAACAGGAAAAGAAAACUACAAAAAACAACAAGACAAUUAUCAUUUCACUUUUCAAGACUGUUGA